AAAAAAAGAGAAAUGAAGGAAGAGUUAAGAGUAAACACGAAGUGAAAAAUUGGUAAUUUUAAACAACUCCAAGAUUUAGCAAUCAGGUUUGGCAUGGUAGGAACUUGAUUAUGGAUGAUAUGGUACUUCAAAGCGUCUCUCAGACAAUCACCCCGUACUGUCUUACAUGUGAAAAUGUAUUUUGAUUUCUUACAUUCAGAGUCCAUUGAAGACAUGGGGUAUUCUCUAAGUAGGUUAGAAGUAGAGACCGGACACUUUGAUGGUUCAAGUUCCAAUCACGGGGUUGCUAGCAGUGUUCAUCACGACAGACCAGCAAAUUAUUUGGACCAUGAAAUUUCUCAACUUACUAAGCUUAGAUCAGGGCCCCAUGAAAAUCUCAGUAGAAUCCUACCCGGGAAAAAGGAAGUUCCUGUGUCCACAUUCAAGAUGUUAGCUGCUCGAGAAGCCAAUAUUUCCGGUAGAGGAAGGUUUUCGAAGGCAGAUUGUUGUCAUGUUCUAAGUAAAUAUUUGCCGGUUAGUGGUCCUUGGAUUGUGGACCAGAUGGAAACCAGGGCUUAUGUAUCACACUUUUCAGCAGAUGGUUCCCUUUUUGUUGCUGCCUUUCAGGGAAGCCAUAUUAGAAUAUACAAUGUGGAAAGAGGGUGGAAAGUUCACAAGAAUAUUCAUGCAGAAAGUUUGAGAUGGACAGUUACUGAUACAUCUCUUUCUCCGGAUCAACGUCAUUUGGUGUAUGCUACCAUGUCACAUAUCGUACAUAUUGUAGACGUAGGAUCUGCUGCCACUGAAUCUGUAGCCAACAUCACAGAAAUUCAUGAUGGUUUGCUUUUGUCUGCUGACAAUGAUGAUUUUGGAAUCUUCUCUGUGAAAUUUUCUACUGAAGGUCGGGAAGUUGUUGCUGGAAGUAGUGAUGAUGCGAUCUAUGUUUAUGAUCUUGAAGCAAACAAACCCUCCCUUCGAAUAGCCGCACACAAUUCUGAUGUCAAUUCUGUAUGUUUUGCUGACGAAAGUGGCCAUCUCAUUUAUUCUGGAAGUGAUGACAAUCUGUGUAAGGUCUGGGAUAGACGUUGCUUUAGGGCCAAAGAAAAGCCAGCCGGAGUCCUGAUGGGACACGUAGAAGGCGUUACGUUCCUUGAUAGUCGGGGGGAUGGUCGUUAUUUCAUUUCUAAUAGUAAAGAUCAGUCCAUCAAGCUCUGGGAUAUCCGCAAAAUGUCUUCUCAUGCUGCUCGCAAUAUCUGGUUCAGGAAUUAUGAGUGGGACUAUAGAUGGAUGGACUACCCUGCUCAAGCUAGAGACGUGAAGCACCAUUAUGAUCAGUCAAUAUCCACUUAUAAGGGUCAUUCUGUAUUGCGUACUCUAAUUCGCUGCUACUUCUCACCAGAAUAUAGCACUGGGCAGAGAUACAUUUACACGGGAUCCCAUGAUGCCUGCAUUUACAUCUAUGAUUUGGUAAGUGGAGAGCAAGUCGCGAAAUUGCAGCACCACCGGUCGACCAUUAGAGAUUGUAGCUGGCACCCUACUUAUCCAAUGCUUGUUAGCUCUUCUUGGGAUGGAGAUGUUGUCAAAUGGGAAUUCCCUGGAAAUGGAGAAGCACCACUCCGUCCUAAAAGGAAGCAGAUCCGAAGAAGGCAUUUCUUUUAGAUGCUAUCUGCCCUCGGGGAUUUCUCGGUUAUCAAAGAAAAAACACGGUAAUAACUUCACGGUGUUACACCAACAUGUAUAGUAACUGUGUGAACGCAAAUUUUAGCUGAAACAUGAUAGAUAUUUUGAUAUACAUGUAUUGUACAUAAAUAAAGGCGAACAUGUACAUUGCAUUUUGUAAAUAGUACUCGGAUCGUUUGGG